ACAUUUAAAAAUAGAAAUAUAGUACUCUUUAAAAAGUUGUUGCCGGUACUGGGGCGGGGGGACUCGGCGCAGCGUUCUGUCGCGGUAGCAGCCGUGCGCCGUAAUUUGACACUGCGAGAUAAGCCCGCCGCGCGCCGCGCUCUCCCGCCCGGCCGGCCUACUCGGUGCGUGUCUGAGUGUCACCAGUUUGUCCGACAGGCCAGCAGGCGGGGAGACCGGGUCGAGAGUCUCUAGGUCGUCAAUCUGGACCUCCACGUCUGCCCGUGUACGGCGGCUACCUGCACCUGCUGGCCUACAACUACCGCUACACGCACAAGGGGCUCGUCGCCAUGGCCGCCAAGUACAAGUCCCCAGUGCUGGGCAUGUACGUCGGGUCCACGCCCACCAUCAUCACGACCGACUUCGCGUCGACCAGAGAGCUGCUGCUCAAGCCCGAGUUCCAGGGCAGGCCGGACAUUUUCACCGUCCGGCUGCGCAGCUUCAACGAGCUGUGGGGGGUGCUCUUCACGGAGGGGCCCCUCUGGGCGGAGCAGCGCCGCUUCUCGCUGCGCCACUUGCGGGACUUCGGCUUCGGCCGGCGCUUUGACAAGAUGGAGGCCGCCACUGAGGAGGAGGUGCGCACGCUGCUGGACUCGAUUCGCUGCCCCGUGGCCGCCGAAAAGGGCAUGGUGCGGGACGGCGAGGUGCUGCUGCCCGACCUGCUGUACCCCGGCUUCAUCAACGCGACGCUCCAGACGCUGACCGGCGAGCGCGUGGCCCGCGACCGCCACGACAAACUGCGCGGGCUGAGCCGCGCGGUGCGGCUCUUCCAGCGGCACCUUGAACCGAGCGGCGGCGCCGUCAACAUCACGCCCUGGGCGCGCCACCUGCUGCCCGACACCCUGAGCGCCACGGGCCUGGAGCGCGCCAACCAGGGCGUGCAGGACUUCGUGGACGAACUGCUGGAGAGGGAGAAGCUCUCCUUCGACGAGAACGCGCUGCGCGGCUUCGUCGACGUGUUCCUCGCCGAGAUGCGCAAGCGGCCAGACUCUCACUUCACAGACAAGCAGCUGGCGGUGAUGCUAGCGGACUUCCUGAUCCCCUCGUCCACCGCGGUGCCCAUCACGGUGGCCAUGGCGCUAGCCUACCUCGCGCAGCACCCCGACAAGCAGGACGCCGCCCACCUGGAGAUCGACGCGGUGGUGGGCAGGGGGCGGCUGCCCACCCUGGACGACCGGUCGAGCCUGCCGUAUACAGAGGCCAUCCUCCGAGAAGUUUUGCGGCUGGACACCAACACGGCGCUGUCUGUGACGCAUAAAUGCACGCAGGACACGUUUUUCCGCGGGUACUUCGUGCCGAAGGGCACGCUGCUCAUCCCGAACAUCUGGGCCGCCAACCGCGACCCCGCCGUGUUCGAGAAGGGCGACGAGUUCGGGCCGGAGCGCUUCCUGGACUCCCGGACGGGGACGCUCAAGAAGAAGGACCCCACGAUGGCCUUCGGACUCGGCAAGCGGCUGUGCCCCGGGGAGACGUUCUCCAGACAGACCAUGUUCCUGUACCUGUCGGCGCUGCUGCAGAACUACUCCUUCGCCGUCUCCGCCGACGGCUACCUGCCUUCCGAGGAGGACAUGAUCCCCGGGUUCCUGGUGACGCCCAAGUCGUUCUGGCUGCGCGUCGCGGCGCGGCCGUGACCGACGAAGCCGUCUCCGUGGUUUGAAGGCGUGUCUUCUAGGGAAAGUGCACGGCUGUUACUUCAGUACGAAUGGACCGGAAAUGAAAUGACAUUUGGAGUGGAAGUAACUGUGCGGUUUGUAGGAACGCUUUCUUUUCAUGAUGAUCGGACUUUACUGAUGUGAUGCGAUUAGAAGCCGCUCACACAGAGUAGGGUGUUUUCUGCCACAAAUACUUGCUGAAGGCUGCCUCUCUCAUCAUCAUCAGCGCUGUUCUGCGGCACUGUUAUUUCUUGAAUGUUUUCUCAAAUGUGACUUCCUACAUAUUUUGCUAUUGUACGAGUGAAUGUUAAUUUAAGUAUGGUGGUGCUUAAGCGCAGAGCACAUUCAUCUCUGGUGUACAGAACCACUUCAACUGUGAUAAAGUUAAUAAAGUAUGUUUUAAUGUUUUAA